CGGGAAUACGGAAUAGCAAUCAGGAAAUAGGAAACAGGAAACGGGAACAGCAGCAGCAGCAGCCCAGUCAACAAAGCAAAGGAAUCCAUUGAAUAGACAAAAGACAAGUAUUUGUUAAAUCAGAGAAGCGCCAAAAAGAAAGGACUAUGACUACUUUGGAGGAGCCUGUCCAGGCGGUGGACACGGUGGAUCCGUGUCCUCCGGGGAUUCCCAAUCUGAAAACCGUUCUCAGUGACGAUGCCUCAAACUCAUCGUUGUUGGAGGACAUCGAUGUUAGCAACACGAGCAGCAGCUCCAGUUCCAGCAGCUCUAGCUCCAGCUCCGGUUCCUGCUCAGGAUCGGCCACCGAUACGGACACCGGCAAGGGCAGCAGCACUGUCGGCAGUCUGGAUGUGACCAGCUCUUCGAGCAUCGGUUCGGCGGCUUCCAUCUCAUCGACGGGCUCCACAGCCAUCGCCGGACCAUCCGGUUUGCUAGACGAUUCCAACUCAUCGGGACUGGGCUUGGUGGUGGAUGUGGACAGUACCGGGAGCAGCCAGGAGCUGAGCAGCCACGGCGUCACCGAGCUGGACUCGCUGGAGGACUCGUGCAGCGGCUUAAUGAUCAAGGAUGGCGAUAAGCUAUGCAAGCUAUGCAGCUUACGCCUUGUGAUGCCACGCAUCUUGUCUUGCCUUCACGUGUUCUGUGAGGACUGCCUGCAGGCGGUGGUAUCGAAGGACACGAUGGCGGCCAGCUCGCCCAACAGCUCCUCCUCGUCUUCGUUCGACGGCAGCGAGCACCAGCACCGUCUGCCCGCUCUGCUCCUCGAGUGCCCCGUGUGCAAGCAGGAGACACCACUGGGCCCCAAGGGGAUCAAGGCACUCCCCUGCGACUAUAUCGUGACCAAUAUAUUGGAUCUCUCCAAUUUGGAGUCGGAGCACAUUGUGUGCACUUCGUGUAAGAGCAAAGAGGAGGCCAUUUCGCGUUGCAACGAUUGCGCCAACUUUCUAUGCAAUGGCUGCGAUAACGCCCAUAAGUAUAUGCGUUGCUUUGAAAAUCAUCAUGUGGUGCGCAUCGAGGAUCUGACGAAGAACGUCCACGACAAGCUUAUCAUCCAUAAGCCAGUGUGCUGCCGCCAGCACGUAAGCGAGAAUCUCAAGUACUACUGCUUCACCUGCCAGGUGCCCACGUGCAAUGAUUGCCUGCUGAGCGAUCACAAGGGCAGCGAUCAUCAUUAUGAGACGGCCUCGGUGGCGGAGCAGGCGGUGCGAGCCGAUCUCGAGGACACUCUAAGGGACACGCUCAAGAAGGCCGACUAUUGCAACGAUGCGGGUAGCAAUCUGGGCAGUGCCCUCACCGAACUUCAGUCACAGCACGAUACGGUGCGCCAACAAAUCGAGGAUGCCUAUAAGAGCUACAAGCGUAUGCUGGAAUCAAUCAAGGAGCAGAUGCUAAACGAGCUGGGACGCCUGCACUCGGAUCGCGAGCUAAAGAUCAUGGAUCUGAUGCAGAGCCUGGAGAAUACAAUGGGAAAGCUGCAGCACGCUGCCCAAUUCGGUCAGCGGGCUAUCGAUAAGGCAAAUGCCGUAGAGUUUCUGCUGCUGAAGCCCAUCAUCAGUGCCCAGUGUUUGAAUCUCAUGGAGCAGACGCCCAAGUGCGAUGUCAACUAUCAGCUGCAGUUUGACUCGAAGCCAGAGAUGUUCGAGCAGUUCGCCAGGGAGAUGUUUGGCAAAUUCCAAACGGAUCAGAGUGACUCUAGUCCCAAGAAGCAGGAGAUGACCCAACAGCUGCAACAGCAGCAGCAGCAGGUGCAACAGCACCAUCAGCACCAGCACCAAGUGCAACAACAACAACAGCAGCAACAGCAGCAGCAGCAGCAACAGCAACAAGUGCAACACCAACAGCAGCAGCAGAAGUUGCAGUUGCAGCAACAGCAGCAGCAACAUCAGCACAGCUCGAACAAUUUGAUUGUCGGCCAUCGGGGCAGCUCCUCUGUCCAAGGGCGCCUGACCUCAGCUGUAUUCAGCCCCAUCUCGCUGCCCUCCUCUCUGCAGAGUUCCUUCGAUGGCGACACCAACUCGGUGAUGACCAAUUUCUCCAUGAUGGACUCGCCGCCGCAGCCAUCAUCGCAGCAGCAAUUGCCAUCUGCUCAGCAGCAACAGCAGUCUCAGCAGCAGCAGCAGCAACAACAGCAGCAGCAACAGGCGGCGGUGCUGCAGCAGGUGCAACAGCAGCAAAAGCACCAGCAACACCAGGUGCAGCAGCAGCAACAGGUGCUGCACCAGCCACCAUCGGCCCAGUCCAUGCCCCAGCAGAUGGGCCAGCUCGUUGCACCGCAGGGAAUUGUCCAGCAGGCUGGACAUGUCAAUCUCAACUCUGGCCCCGGCCCAAAUAUAUCCAUCAAUGGCCUGGGGGCCGGUGGUCCGCCACCCAGUUUCAGCAUGUUGGAGUACAAUAUCUCACGACUGGCCAGCUUGACGGAACCAAUGCCAGACACCCUCAACGAUGCGCUGGCCGUUGGCGGAGGAGCAGCUGGACCCGGUCCGAAUGUUGGGGCCCAAGUGCCUGGUGGCUCGGCCGUAACCGGCGGAGCCGUUGUGGGAGCACCGCAUGCGCAUCAGCAGCAAUCGCAGGCCGUAAUGCCGGCAUCGGCGGUGACACCAACGCAGCCAAUUACCCUGGCGGACAUCCUAUCGGGCGACCAGCGGGCGCUCAACAAUCUCCAGGCGCUGGCCAAGCUGGGACUCAACAACAAUGACGAUGAUCUUUUGUUGAACGGAUCCUCAACGGGCAUUGAUUAUUUAUCAGAUUUCUGCAUGCCACCGGCCACAUCGCCCAGCCUGCAGUCCCUCAAUCCAAUCGUUGGUGGCGUAGAGGACAUGGGACUCAAUAACUUCCAUGCCGUCGCUGCGCCGGGCACCACCAGUGUGGUCACCGGCCGGAACAAGGCCACUCCGAUGCAGAUCCGCUGCAAAUUCGGUUCACUGGGCACCGCCAAGGGCCAGUUUAAUUCACCACAUGGAUUUUGCCUGGGCGUCGACGAGGAGAUCAUCGUGGCGGACACGAACAACCAUCGCAUCGAGGUCUUCGACAAGAUGGGCGCCCUCAAGUUCCAGUUCGGUGUGGCCGGCAAGGAGGAGGGCCAGCUCUGGUAUCCUCGCAAGGUGGCCGUGAUGCAUAACAAUGGCAAAUUCGUGGUCUGCGAUCGUGGAAACGAGCGCUCUCGCAUGCAAAUCUUCUCCAAGUGCGGACACUUUAUGCGCAAGAUCGCCAUCAGGUACAUUGAUAUCGUUGCGGGUUUGGCCGUCACAGCUAAGGGCCACAUCGUGGCCGUGGAUAGCGUGUCGCCCACCGUGUUUGUGAUCUCCGAGGAGGGCGAACUGGUUCGCUGGUUCGACUGCAGCGACUACAUGCGCGAACCCUCCGACAUCGCCAUAAGAGACAACGACUUUUACGUGUGCGACUUCAAAGGCCAUUGCGUGGCCGUUUUCCAGGACGACGGCACAUUCCUCUAUCGCAUUGGCAACGAGAAGGUCACCUGCUUCCCCAAUGGCAUUGAUAUAUCGAAUGCCGGGGACGUGCUCAUCGGCGACUCGCACGGCAAUCGCUUCCACGUCGCCUGCUACUCCCGUGAGGGCGCCCUUCAGUCCGAGUUCGAGUGUCCCCAUGUAAAGGUUUCCCGCUGCUGCGGACUGAAAAUCACAUCCGAGGGCUAUGUGGUUACACUGGCAAAGAACAAUCAUCAUGUUCUAGUUCUGAACACCCUCUAUGUUCACUGAUUGCAAAUCAAAGCGCGCAACAAUCGUCCAUCAGUCGAUAUGAACAAAUAUAACUACAAAUACUCGUCGGGCAAGAUAUACGGAUGUCGACGUCAGCAGCAAUCAACCAACAUCACCAGCAUCAACAGCAACGGCAACACCAUAUGCAACACCAUCAGCAACAGCAACAGCAACAGCAAUAGCAAUAGCAACCUCAGCCUCAACCUCUUGCCAAGGAGUCAACAUGCCCUACACUGCAAUAGCAACAGUCAACUGAACAACAUGAGCAGGAUAAGCAGCAUGAGCAACAUUUGCCUCAUCGGCAGCAACAACAACAUCAAUCAACAGCCAUCGACUACAACAACAUCAGCCAUCUAAUAUAAAAACGAUAAGCAAGAACAACAAGAGCACAACAAGCUGAAACAUUAACACUAUCAACAGCAGAUCGCAGAUAGCAGAUGCAACUAUCCAAAUGGGUAGUUUAGGAUAUGUAUAAAGAAAAAUGUAUAUAUAUAUCUAUAUUAGUGGGGAAUGCUAAUGGACUAAAUAUGAAUGAAGAACGACGAACACAUGAAAAUGUCGAGCUCCUACUUUUCAGUUUAUCUGUAGUCUGUCUCUAUCAGCGUUCAAAUUCUUAAAACUGGUCAAAUCUACGGCUGAACACUCACUAUUUGCAGUGCAAUUGAAGCAAAUGCAAUGCGUUCGACUUGAAACACAUUUUAUUUAAUGCAAAACACAAGAAACGUUGCCGCAGCAACCGUAUAAAAAACAAACAAACCAAUAACAAAUGAUAAACAAAAUGCAACAAAUACUAUUUUUGAUCUCUAAUUUAAAAACAAUUAGCGCUACUACUAAAAACAAACAUCAACAAAUUUAACAAAGAAAAACAAAACAAAAUACUUAGCGUAACGAAUAACAACAAAAAAGAGGAAAAACAAAAUGAAUCGACAUUAAAACUUGGGAUAUUUUCAAAACGUU